GAGUAUUCCUCUAGCACGGUGCCUGCCAAGCAUGUAAUUCGUCUCCAAGAAAUAUGUUGAAUUGAGUUAACCUGCGGUGCCAGGGAAGUCAGGUGCCCCGCAGCCUCCUGUGCCACACAGGGUGACCUGGAGACUCAUCUCUGGUGUCCAGAAACUGAGGAGCUUCUGUGAGAGGCCCGGCACGCGUUCUCAUUCCCACUCUUGACAGUCACUGGCAGGAGGACGUUUAGAGGUGGCUGUAGUGAACACAGAUAGACACAGCAAUGUCCGUGGCUCUUGGGGUAGCAGCAGAUGCUUCUCAGGCACACGUCUUCUGUAGUGGUUCUGGGAAGUAGGGACACUGGCGUGGCCUACAUUGGUAGAUCAACUUUUGGUGGCAAGCAGCCCAUAGACCCUGAAAGGUGCUAUCUCCUUGAAUUUGGCUGCUUGUAUGCAGGCUGGGUUGUGACUAAAGGUGUGUCCGUACAGCCAAUUUGAUAAAAGUUUUGUUCUCAUCGAUAUCAGCUCUUUGGGAGCCUAGUAGAGCUGGGCCACAUCUGGGACAGGUUCUGGGGUUCUUUCCAGCCACUAGACCCAGCCAGAAUGACUCAGGGAAGAGGAAAGGGACAGGGUUACAGAGGAAUAGGUCUGCUUUUGAGGCCUCUGUUAUCUUUCCCACGUCUUCAUAUUCUGUUCUUUGCUUUAUUUUUUUCACAUGAGAUAUCCUCAAUAUACCGAACAUAUUAAUAAUAAAGUAAUCCAUAUUUACAGUUCAUGAAACUUUCUCCAUAACAAUUCUGUGUAAGUUUCAUUAUCCCCAAUUUUACAGAUAAAAGACCAGAGACCCCAAAAGAUUAUAGUCAUCUUGUUGGUAAGUCUUGAACCUGGGACUCAAACCCAAGUUUUCUGAUUUUACAUCCACAGUCCAUUGCUGUGGCUGAUGGCCUCUCCAGAUAACAAUGAAUAAGCUGGAUCUCCUCUUUACAACACUGAGAAGAUCAAGGUGAGAGGACCAAGGUUCUCCCCUGGGAUUAUUAUUUGUGAAUAUUUUUUGUGACAAUUUAAUAUUUAUAAGAAUCAAUGUUUGGUUUGUGGGAUCAUUGCUAGUAGGCAAACAGAUAACUGGAAUCUUUGGCUAAUCCCAAAGCUCUUUUAAAUACAGUAUUCUGGUUAGUACUGAAAGUUAAAUGAUCUUCUGACCUUCUAGAUGUGGGAAGUUUAGGUGAGUAGAAAUAUAGCUAGAAGGGGGAUGUUUGGAAAUCAGGCAGGAAAAACAAAACACCUUAAAAUAAGGUACAAACUAUCACCAGCCUUACAGAAUGUCAGAAAUGGAGACUCUGUUUAAGGCUCUCAGGUAGCACCGAAUGAAUAAUGCUUCUUGAGUCUUCCUUGCUGAUGCUCAUAUUUUUCAAUCUGCCCUCAGGAAGAUUAUCCUAGUUUUAUACCAGAAGAGGCACUUAGCACUGGAAGUUUGAGCACCAGUAGGGCCACUGACUGCAAGAGUUCUUGAACAGGAUGAUGGCCGUAGAGCUAGUGAUGGCUGACGAUCUGAUUCCCCACAUCCAGCCUUUAUGGGAGAAAGAAGGGCCUCUAGGACAAAACCUAAAAGAGAAUUCAAUCCAGAGUCAGGAAUCUGUCCUACAGAAUAAACCUGCUUCUGAGACCUGCCGACAGAGCUUUAGGAGCUUCCAGUACCAGGAGUCAGCUGGUCCGCAGGAGACACUUAGGCAACUUAGGGAGCUUUGCCAUCUGUGGUUGCAGCCAGAGAUCCACACAAAGGAGCAAAUCUUAGAGCUGUUGCUGCUGGAGCAGUUCAUAAAUAUUCUUCCUGAGGAGACAAAGACCAGAGUUCAAAAGCACUGCCCAAGGAGCAUCAAGGAGGCAGUGACAUUGGUAGAAGAUUUGCAGAGUACACUUAUAAGAAAGAGCAAAGAAGACAGAAAGAAGAUUCCUCAAUUGGACAAUGAGGUUACAGUCCAUGAGCAGGGACAGGAAGUACCCUCGGAGAAGGCAGCACCCUUGGGAAGAGCAUCGGAAGUACUAAGCUUCCAUCUGGAGCCAGCAGAGCCCCAGCGUAUGGGGGUGUUCCAGGAAGAGGAAUUGUGGAGUACCCACCCACGACUACAGGAACCACUGAGCUGUGACCCUGAAAAAGAGCUCCAGCUGGUGCAGGAGAGGGCUCUGCCUGCUCACCAGGUUCCUGUUCUUCCUGAAGAGAGACCUACCAGAGAUUGGGAGGUGGCAUCUGUAUUCUUCACACCUGAGUCCCAGAGUCCUGUGACAUUUGAAGAUGUGGCCAUGUAUUUCUCUCAGGAAGAAUGGCAAUUACUGGGCUCCAUUCAGAAAGACCUCUACAAGGAUGUCAUGCAAGAGACUUACAACAAUAUGAUUUCAGUAGCUCUCUUUAUGAUUCCCAAACCUGAAUUGAUAUCCUGUUUGGAGCAAGAGGAAGAGCCAUGUGUCACAAAUUCUAAGGAAUCCAAUGAGAUCCCAAAAGAUUCUAAUACAGAAAUGACUGAUUUUCCUAUUUAUCCUAAUGAGGCUGAGGCCACAAAUGAGAAAGAAAAGCCUAAGGCAGUACAUCCUAUUCCCUUAGAAGUACAAGCACCAGAUAGUACUUUAUCUAUAUUUAAAAAGACUGAUGAAGAAGUUCUCCAGAGGGCAGAACUGAAAGAAGUUUAUGAAAAGCAGCUUGGAGAAGAAACGCCACAGCAAAAUUUACCUGUGGGAAGAUGGAAAAAAUUUGCUUCUGGGGAAGAAAGUCUACAAAAACUCAUGAAGGGGGAGAAGGAAGUCUACACAGGAGAAAAACCUUUCAAAUGUCAUAUAUGUGGAAAAAGCUUCAGAGUUAGCUCUGAGCUUAUUAAGCACCAGAGAGUCCACACUGAAGAAAGACCGUAUAAAUGUCAAGAAUGUGAUAAACGAUUCCGAUGGAGCUCAGAUCUUAAUAAACACUUGAUGACACAUCGAGGAAUUAAGCCACAUAGAUGCUCCUGGUGUGGGAAAAGCUUCAGUCAAAACACAAACCUUCUCAGUCACCAAAGAACACACACAGGAGAGAAACCCUUUAAGUGUCAUGAAUGUGGAAAAAAAUUCAGUCGAAACUCCUAUCUCAUUAAGCACCAAACAACCCAUACAGCUCUCUUUAUGAUUCCCAAACGUGAACUGAUAUCCUGUUUGGAGCAAGAGGAAGAGCCAUGUGUCACAAAUUCUAAGGAAUCCAAUGAGAUCCCAAAAGAGUCUAAUACAGAAAUGACUGAUUUUCCUAUUUAUCCUAAUGAGGCUGAGGCCACAAAUGAGAAAGAAAAGCCUAAGGCAGUACAUCCUAUUCCCUUAGAAGUACAAGCACCAGAUAGUACUUUAUCUAUAUUUAAAAAGACUGAUGAGGAAGUUCUCCAGAGGGCAGAAUUGAAAGAAGUUUAUGAAAAGCAGCUUGGGGAAGGAAAGCCAAAACAAAAUUUACCUGUGGGAAGAUGGAAAAAAUUUGCUUCUGGGGAAGAAAGUCUACAAAAACUCAUGGAGGUCCACAAGAAAGCCUGCACAGGAGAAAAACCUUUCAAAUGUCUUAUAUGUGGAAAAAGCUUCAAAGUUAGCUCUGAGCUUAUUAAGCACCAGAGAGUCCACACUGAAGAAAGACCGUAUAAAUGUCAAGAAUGUGAUAAACGAUUCCGAUGGAGCUCAGAUCUUAAUAAACACUUGAUGACACAUCGAGGAAUUAAGCCACAUAGAUGCUCCUGGUGUGGGAAAAGCUUCAGUAAAAACACAAACCUUCUUACUCACCAAAGAACACACACAGGAGAGAAACCUUUUAAGUGUCAUGAAUGUGGAAAAAGCUUCAGUCAGAAUUCCCAUCUCAUUAUGCACCAAACAACCCAUACAGGUGAGCAACCUCAUAAGUGUAGCAUGUGUGGGAAGAACUUCAGUAGGCGUUCAAGCCUUCUAAGACACCAGAAACUCCACAGAGAAAAGGAAAUAGUCAGUGUCCUAGUUCUGAAGGAAAGUUCCAAGUGGAGCUAAUACCUUAAAAGAACAUAGACUCAUAUGAAUUUAUCAAUAUUUGAAACAUGUUAAAGUUUAAACCCCAUUUUCUCUAAGUGAAUUUAAAUAGACUAUGCAAGAGGGAAUGGUGAUAUUUCUAGUACAUAAUGACUCGUUUAUGACAAGAAGAUUCUUUAUAUGCCAGUGUAGCAUUAAUGGAAUAUAUUUGCCCAGUCCAUUAAUAGGCCUGUGUGACCUCGUGUUCCAUUUUUCCCUUGGAACAGGGGCUGUCUUCCCAGGUCUAAAGGUGCACAGGUAUUUCAGUCACAGUUGUCUUUCUACGUUGACCUGUGUCCCAGUUCACAGCUUUGAUACAUACUGAGUCACACAGAGCCCAUAAGAGGAAGGAGCUUGCCUAAGGAGAAGCUUCCUUGCAGGAAGGCUUUCACACCUUUUGGUACUAAGACAGGCAUUGAAUCAUGUAGUGAUGCCUUCUGCCUCUGAGCCUAUUAGUUGUAUGUGUAUAUGUAUAUAUCUUCUAAGAUGAGAUUUUCCUUUGGGGCUCACUCAUGGGAAGAAU